UGCGGACGCCAUUUUACAUCGGACGUGUCGUGUUUUUGUGUCGAUUCGAUAUGUUUAAUGUCCGACAACCGGACAAUUAGACCUUAGUCAUUCGUUAAUAAUUUUGUAAAUUUUUCAUAAUUAUUGCACGUCCUUUACGACCGUUUAUUUACUUUUAUAAUUUUUUUUUACUCAUUUGGUUUUAUAUUUUUGUAUAAUAUAAUAAGUACGCGACAAGAUGCGAGGCAAAUCUGAAUUAGAAGAAGAUGAACAAGGGUAAGUUUAAUAAUUGGUCUCUUCUAGGCAUUUUUGAUAUUUUAUCCAUUAAAAUUUGUCUUCUUUUUAACUGUCGGCUCGCGGCACUUGACAAAUGUUAUUUGUUUGUAUGGUUUACAAAAUUGGUUUCUAGUCACUAAUAUUUGUGGCAUAAUAAGCACGACCGGCUCAAUUCGAUACCGCCGCGUUUUACAUAUUACAAAAACGCGUUUUCACAAAUUUCAAAUCACUUAUUUCGUUUUAUAAAUGUACAGUAUACUACUUUUACUGUAAUUUAGAGUGUAUAGACAUAAUUUCUAUGCCAUACUGUUUUGCAUAUUAGCAUUUUUAUUUUAUUUUUUCCUAUUUUUAAUAUUUUGUUGUUAUUCUCUGAGGAAAUAUAUUGUGACACUCGAGAUUUUCUAUCUGAAUAUUGCGAUUGAAAUUAACUAUCAAUAACAGUUUCAUCAGCUUAACAAAGAUUCAUAUUUGUUGAGGCUGACUGCAUUUUUUGCAAAUAAUGGGUUAUAUGGCAUGUUAUUUAACAUUAAAGCAGACAUUUUUACAUAAGUUCAUGAUAUCGAAUUUCAGAAUCAAGAUUUUUCAUGUUUUAUACUUGCAAUUAUAAUAAUCAUUAGUAUUUAUGAAAUAUUCUAUGCACCUAUCAUACCUACCUAUUUAUUUUAUUUUUUCAUUUUGUAUUUCAAUUUAAAAAAAAUCGGCCCAAAAUUUUAUAUUUUCUCAUUUUACCUACUUAUUGUUUUAUAAUAUCUACUUCAUAGAUAUUAAAUGUUAACUUGUAUGUUUAGACUAGGAACAUAAAAUGAUGGUAUCUGGUUCUUGUACAAAAGUAAUUUGAUAUAAACAAUUAAGAUUUUUGAUAAGUAAUUAAAAUUGUUUUAGGUGUAGGUAUCGACUAGUUUUUUUUUUCUAAGAAGUACAAAGUAAACAAAUUAAUAUUUAUAAUCUCUAAGUUUUAUCUUAACCAAAUAAUAAAAUGUAAGUUUCUUACAUCACUGAGAAAUGAAAUCCUUUUAAAUAAAUUAAUCAAUUUAAUAUUCUUGUGGUAUAUUUACCUAUCUUUAAUAUUUCUUGUAUUAACAUUCAUAGUACUCUUCUAGUAUUUAUGUUUUAUUUCAUUUUAAGUAAUGUUUUUUUUUUUUUAAAUAUUAUUAAUUUAAAAUAAUAUAUGCAUGUCAAUACAUAAACCCUUUCAAAUUUUAAUUUUUUUUUCAUAAAUUUGGCAGUAAAAAAUUAUCUUAGAACAACUUUAAAAACAAAUAAAUUCAACCUUAAGGCUUACACUACAUUACAUAAUACUUAAGUUACAUUAAGUAAUUUAACACUGGCACCAUAUUGUCAAAAAUAAUAUAUAUUUGAAAAUUCAAUGUGUUAAUGUCCAAAAAAUCCAAUGUCUUGAUUGAUAAUAAAGAUAAGAAAUAAUCUGUGUCAAUUGUAUAAAUCUAUUGCAAAUUUUAUUAAAAAUAUCAAAUAUGCUGUAUGCAUUACAUACACAAUUAUUUAACUUUAUUUUUUCUUAGUUCACUCAAAUACUCAAUUAUAGAUAAUGAAAAACAGUAGUAUAAUUUAUAAUACUGAUAAAUGUUUAAAUCUGUGUCUUAGUAUUUGUUUUUAUGUGCUUUAUUUGUCUAAUAUUAUAAAAAAGACUACCUAGGAAAAAAAAAUGAUUUAUUAAAUAUUUAUAUCUAUACGAAAUCAUGAUUACAGGAAAUUAUUCGUUGGUGGACUUAGCUGGGAAACCCAACAAGGUAAACUAAUAAAUAAAUAAAAUAUGAUAUAUAUCUAUUAUUGAUUAUGAAAAGUUAUUUAAUUGUAUUUAUAUUUCUUUAGAAAGUCUUCAAAGAUAUUUUAAUCGAUAUGGUGAAGUGAUUGAUUGUGUUGUUAUGAAGAAUAGUGAAAGUGGACGGUCGAGAGGUUUUGGUUUUGUCACGUUUGCGGAUCCAAAUAAUGUAAACGUGGUACUACAAAAUGGACCACAUGUUUUGGAUGGUCGUACUGUAAGUUGAAAUAAUUUCAUAACAAUUUUUAUUAUUAGUUUUUUUUUAUAUGGUCAAAUUGUACAAUUUUCAGAUUGACCCAAAACCUUGUAAUCCUAGAACUUUACAAAAACCAAAAAGGAGUUCCAGUUACCCUAAAGUAUUUCUGGGUGGUUUGCCCUCUAAUGUAACUGAAACUGAUUUAAGAACUUUCUUUUCACGAUAUGGAAAAGUUAUGGAAGUUGUAAUCAUGUAUGAUCAAGAAAAGAAAAAAUCAAGAGGUAAUAUAUAAAUAUUAUUUUUUUAAUAUAAACUAUUUUAGGUUUCUAAACAAACAUAAAAAUUAUUAUCGAAAAUUUAAUUUAAAGUUCUAUGGUUAACUAUAAUUAGUAUACUAUAUUAAUUCAUUCAUAAGUUGUCUUGUAAUAUUAUUAUAUGGUUUUAUUCUCAAGAUACGUAAGAUUUCAAAAUAGAUAUGGAUACAUUUAUUUUAGAAUCUAAGUCUGAUUUAAGUUUAAAUUAGACAUACAUGGAAUUUAAUUUAUAGUUUAAAUUUAAAAAAAAAAAACAUUUAUUUGUUUUAUUUAUAUGUUUAAUGUAGGGACUUAAAAAAGUAAUAUAUUACAUUUCUCAAAUUUUAUUUUUGUAUAAUAGAUUAUAUUUAUUUUAUUGAAUAUAUAAUAUAAACGUAUGACUACAAUUUAUCAGAUAUUUAGAACUAUUAAGUAGGUAUUUAAAAUGUAUUACAUAUUUAAAUCGUUUUUCUGAUUUUUCUUAAUUUUUUACACUCUUUGUUUUCUGAAUUAAAUGUCUUAUUGUUUUAUAACCUUUAUUAUACUUAGAUGUUAAAAAUGUGAUUUUAUCAUUUAUGUUUGUUUAUGUACCUAUUUAUGUAACUUUUUCUACUUAAAUUAUUUUAAAUUACAAGUUAUUUUUCUAACACUGCUGCCAAUUUCUUAAUUUUGAUUUCUUUAUACUUUAUUAAACAAUUUUAUGAGAUUAUAUAAAUAUCUUGAUAAAUUAAAAUUAUCAUUUAGGUUUUUUUUUUUUUUUUUAAUUAAAUCAAAUUUAGGUUUUUUAUAAUAAAUUUUUAAUUUUAUUAUAUACUGUAUGUAUAUCCUAAUUAUUCAAAUUUUAAUAAUAACUUAUAUCAAUGAUAUUAUGUUCUAUUAGAUAUCUAUAUAUGUAUAUAAGCAUGUAAAUAAUAGUUCUGAGAAAAAAACUAUUUGAGUUCUUACUAAAAGCUAUCAUCUUGAGUCAGGACCCUAAAUAAAUUGAUGUUUUGUACAAUUAAUUAUUGGAUAAUAUUAAAAUACUUUUCAGGCAUUAAAUAAACAAUUUUAGUGGUUUUAGUUCUUUAGAUUAAGGUCCAACCCAUUGUACAGCUAAUAAAUAUUUUUUCACUUAUAAUAAUGAUUUAAUAAAGUGUUUGUAGUUACCUAUUUUAUCUGGUUGGUUUUUGUAGCUAGACCAAUUCUUAAUCACAAUUUAUUUUAGAUAUAUAUAUAUAUAUAAAUAUGUUAAGUUAUUUUGACAUUACAUAUUCAUCAUUUAAUAAUAUUAGAAUUAUAGAACAAUUUAUUCAAACUUUUAAAACUAAACAUGUAUUGAGGACAGGUUAGUUAUUUGUUUUUUAUUUAGGUUGGAUUAGAGAAAGUUAAUAAUUCAUUUAGAUUUAUCAGCCCUUUUUUUUUAUUUUUAAAAAAAGAACAUCUAAAUAUAAAGUAACCCUUUUCAAUUAUUUCAAAAUAGUUAUAAUUCAUGUGUAUAAAGAGUAUAUUUUAAGGGGAUUGGAAGUGUCUUACACAUGUGAAAUAUAGGGAUUUAGACAUGUUUUAUGUCCAACACACUGAUUGAUUUUGUGAAGUCUUAAGAUUGACUUUCCCAAUUUUUUGAUUUUUGAUUCCAAUUUUUUAAAAAAUUAAAAUUUUCCAUUUUUUCAAUUACUCAUUUAUUAAUAUGGCUUUUUUUUAAAAAUUUAAGAAGAUUAAUUUAAAAAGAAGUGGAAAUGUCUAUCUUAAGUAGACUUCACAAAAACUUAUAAAUCUGUUUCCUCAAUUUUUAUUGAUUCACUAUAUUAAUCGGUACUUAGGAAUUGAAACACCUCAAAAAACUUAUAUUUAACGUGUGUAAGACAAAGACAAACUUUUCGCUCCCAAUCCCCUUUAACACAAAGUACAUUUUUUUCAAAGCUGAUAAAAAGCCAUAUUAACAAAGUUUAGGCAGAUGGUUUAUUAGGUAGGACAAUUUUCUAUAUAAAUAGAAUCUAAUUAAAAGAUUAACUUCUUUAUUAUUCAAAAAAUGUUAUAGUAACUUAAAUAUUUAAUACGAGUUAAAAUAUAUUUUAGUAGUACUUUCAUUGAAAGCUAGGCAGCAGUGUCAAUAUGGUGUUAAUUUUUCACCAUAACAUAACCAAUGGUGUUUUUAGGGUUUGGAUUUUUGUCGUUUGAAGAUGAUGAUGCAGUUGACAGAUGUGUAGCUGAGCAUUUUGUCAACCUUAGUGGCAAACAGGUAUUAAUAUUUUAGUAAAUAAUGCAACAAUAUCAAAUUAGGUAAUUUUGAAUAUUUCUUAAUGCUUUAUACUACUCCUUUCCUAUUUUUAUUUCACUACCUGAAGAAAAUCUAACAUCAUACUUUAAUCGUCAAUUUCAAAGGCAGUUUCUGGUAGCAAAUUUUGUCCAAUUUGUACAAUGGGAGGGGAGGUUUUUUCAGUAAUUGAAAAACUACUCUUUAUUUUUAAUUUUACAUUUUUUUUCAUAUAUAUAUAUAUACAUAUACACAGUUAAUUUAAUUAUUUCAGAAACCGGACAUUUUUAUUAAAUACUCAUGGUGGCCAAAACAUGAUAGAAUUUUCAAAACAUUCUUGAGAUUUCUUUUAAAACUUUUUGGCCAUUAUAUAAAUAAAACUAUUUUAGCCUAACAAGAAUAGUUUGGUGACAUAAAGUAGUAUUUGGUGAUAAAAAAUAAGAAAUGCGCUAUAUAUAGUAGUGGUUUUUUUUUAUAAGCAUUUAAUAUUCAAACUUGAAUAAAAUUCUUAUAAAUUAAUUUUAAAUUAUGCUUUACUAAACUUUCCUCAGAAUUUAUUUUUUCCAAUGAUUUAUGCAUAAAUUAUAUUAUCUUAUCUAUGUAUCCCAACUUCUUCCCUACAAUAGUUCCCAUGAACAGUAUCCUGUACUGUGAACAUAGCAUUGAUGUACAAAACACUUGCAGUGUACUUUUUUUUUCUCUUAGAUAUAACAUUUAGUGUUAAUAAUUAUUAUAUUCAAAGUUACCUAUUUUAUAUUGAUAUUUUUUAAAUUAUUAAUAUAAUUCUAAAAUUGUUUUCUUUUGACGGAAUAUUGUAAAAUCUAUACAUGAUAAUACAAACAAAUAUUUUAUCUAAAUGAUGAUGUUCAACAAACCUAGUACAUAAAAAAAUUAUCAUUAAUGUAUUUUUUCACAUUGUGUUAUGAUUUCUGUUAAAUUUCUUUGAUUUUUAUACCUAUUAAUUUACAUAAAAGAAAAGUUAAAAUAUUAUUCCUUCUAUUUAAUAUAUUUUAAUGUGAAAUCAUAAACUAAGCAACUAUUAGUGCGUAAUACUAUUUUGUUAGAAAAAGAACUUAUAUUAAUUCUUCUAUUAAGGAUAUUCUUAAUAUUAUGUAUAAUAAUACUUCUAGAUAUUAGUCUAAGUUAAUGUUAUAAUAUAAAGAACAGUAUUGCAAUAUAUAUUUAUUUUAUUUAAUUUAUUUUAUAAUUAUAAUUGUACAUAUUUUCAGUUAAUACUAAAUAAUAAAUAUAAAUAUUUAUAUUUACAUUAUUAUGGUUUUAUCAUUUAAUGUUAAUAUCUUGUAUCUCAUUUAUGUUUAAUAUUUGUAUGUUUCAGGUUGAAAUUAAAAAGGCCGAACCAAGAGAUUCAAAUAAAAUGAAUGAUGUUGGCGCCAACCAGUGGGGCAUGAAUCAAAACAAUCACUUAGCUAUGGGUGUAUGUUGUAUAAUUUUAUAGUUAUUAAAGACAGUUAAGGUAUAAAUAUGUACUGUUUUUAGGGAAUGGGCAUGGGUGGCCCAGGUGGACAAAUGGGCGGUCCUAUGGGUGGAAUGGGACCAAUGGGUCCGGGAAAUAUGAUGCAAGGUUAUCAAGGAGGAUGGAGUUCUACGCCUCAAUCUCAGUAUCCUGGUUAUGGUACUCCAUCUGGACCAGGUGGAUUUCAAGGUUGGGGGGCCCCACCUGGACCACAAGGUCAAGGAAUGGCUCCUCCAACUUGGGGUUCAAACUAUGCACCACCACAACAACCCGGAUAUGGAUCAUAUGGUGAAUAUUUAAUCUUUAUUUUAUUAAAUAAUUUACUGAAAAGUAUUUUAACUUUAUAAGAUCUCGUUGAUAAAUUUAAAAUAGCCUUCUUUAAUCCACUAUAAAAAGGAUCAAUAUACAUUUCUGUUAACAUCUGUAAUAAUGAUUUAAUAUAAUAAAUAUACAGAUGUUUAUUUUAUAUAAUUUACAUUAGUCAAUUUUCCAAACUAAAUAAUGAUUUUAACCAAAAAGAGGUAAUUUAUUAAUUUCUAGAAAUACCUAUUGAAAAUAUUAUAUUGUUGGAUAAUAGUGUUAGGUAAAUUGUUUACAAAUCGGAGAUUUUACACAGUUCAAGUGAUCACAAUAAAAUGUCUAACUUAUGAGAAUAAUAAUUGUUAUAUGUCCUACCUUAAAGUUUAUAUUUAUUAAUUUGUGUUGUAUACUUUAACAAAGCGCCACAAGCUCCUCCACAGUCAAGUUACGGAAAUAAUUGGAACUGGAAUAUGCCACAAAAUGGACCAGCAGCAGCUACAGGACCUCCAGGACAAACUGGACCAGGACCACAAAGUAAGUUAUGCCAUUCUAUAUAAAAUUUGCAAAACAUUAAAUAACAUAAAUGUAUUUAAGUUACAUAGUUAUUUUGUUUUUGCUGUUAUAAACAAAUACUUAAAUUUUAAGAUGAUAUGUAUUCUCGCUCAGCUGGAGCAGCACCAACAACAGGGCCAACUCCGCCAGGAACUGCCCCACAAAAGGCUGGUGAUUAUGCUGGUUAUGGAAAUUACACUGGCUAUCAACAGGUAUGACUUAUUAAAUAAUUUAAAAGUUCUUUUAGUUCCUUAUAUUAUUUUAAAUUCAUUAUAUUAUAUAUUUAUUUUUUAUUUAAAAAAAAAAUCGAUAGAAUAUAUUUAAAAACUUAAAUAUAGAGAACGAUGUAAAUUGUAUGGUUUUAAAACAUGUAACACAUGUGAUUCCACUAUAUUUAAAGUUGUUACCAAAAUUUGCUUUUAAAAUCUUCAGUUAAAAUUAAUAAAAUAAAAUUACAAUAAAUUAAAAUGUUCAAUUAGUUGAAUUAUUGAUUAUUAAAGUGUAUAAGAUAUUUAUUUAGUUUUCAUACAAUUAAUAAAUUGCUUUAUCAUAAUGUUCAUAUAUUUUUAAUCGCCGAACAAUACACUUUCCUAUACAAAUAUUUCUGUCGUAAAAAUACAUUUAUAUAUCCAACAGGAUUUGAGAAAUUUGUGUUGUAGUUUACAUCUUUAAUACAUUUUUUUUCCCUAGAUUCGUCUUAAAUGAAAAGUUGAAAAUUGAAAACUUUAAUUGUUGUAUGAUAAUGAAAUCAUAUUUUUACAAAAUAAUAAUCAAGUUAAAGUAUGUAAAUUUAUUAUAGCAAUAAGUUCUAUAAUUAAAUGUGGCAAAUGAAAUUAAAAAUUAGAUUGUAUAUUAUAUUUAUAAUAAUAUAAAUUUAUUUAUUUUCAAGUUUUUUUAAAUAUUUUCCUGUUUUUUUUUUAUAUAUAUAUAUAUAUAUAUAUAUAUACAUUAUUUGUUCUGCUUUAUCUCUGUGAUAUCUUAUCUCUUUGAGAAAUAUUAUUUUUGCAUCUACCAUAGUACACACUGUAUCUUUAAAAAUAAAGUACUUUAAGAAUAAAAUUAUUAAAUAAAAAAAAACUAUUUAUAUUAUUAUUGUUAUUAGUGUUUUUUUUUAAGUUAGACACAAAUUCCUUAAUGCAUUGCAACUUAAAAUUUGAGAAUCAUUACUUUUGUCUUCGUUAAAUGUAUCUUUACAUUUAAUCUUCUGUAAUAUGACAAAAGUAAAAUUUAAUAAAAAAUGUCUAUAUUAUUUAAUUAUUGAUUUAACUAAAACAUUGUUCUAAAUAAGGAAAUUUCAUAUAUUUAUUCAAUAGCAAUAAUAAUUUUCAUAGUUUUAAAUUAAGAUUCUGUAGAUCAAUCUUGAUAUUUUAUAUAAUAGUUUUAAUGUGUACUAGUGUAUUAUGUUAGUACUAGGAGUAACUUGUUGACUAAAUAUAAUUUUAGUUAUUUGUUAACAUAUUUAUUUUGGUUAUGUGUCUAAUUCUAGUCUGACAUAAUGUAUUUUAUAAAAACUUGAAUAUUGAGUGGAUUACCAACAAAUUUAUUCUAAAAUUAUUAUUUUUAUAAAAGUUACUUAAAAUUGUGAGAGUGAAUAAUAUGAGUGUUAUUACUCUCUGUUACGUUUUUGAAUUUCAAUCUUCUACAAUUUAUUUCUCUAGUUAGCCACUGUGAAGCUAAAUAAUCUCUCCAGUUUUUUUAGUUGAUCAGUAUUGUUUACCUAGUAAGGCCCUUUAGAUGAUCAAUUUUUAUUAAUGCGCUAGGAACAACGUGUGAUAAUAUAAAUUAUCCAACAAUUAUUAUUAGAUUGCGAGUUUUCUAUGUCAACAGUCCUUCAACCUUGGUGUGUUGAAUAUAUUUAUACUUAAAUGAUUUCCUGCCACAUUCAUUUGUUGUGCUUUUUCUAAGUUGUUUUACUGACAGCAACACAUGCAAUUCACCAUUGUUUCUUUCUUUUUGUUGAUUGUAUAUAUCAAUAAAAAAAGAGAAAAUUAAAUUAAAAGUAAAUUUUUUGCUAUUAAUUUAAUUAAACUCCCUAUAACGAAAAAAUAUGGUUAAUUUCCUAGAACACAAAUCUAAUAUGUUUUGUAUUAGGUCUUUCAUUCUUCAAUCUCCCCCCCCUCCCUCCCCCGCGAUUCCACACCUUAGGUGCGUAUAGUUUAAGUGUGUAGAUAAAACCAUUUUUCUGAAGGGCCCUAAUAAAAACUCAGUAAUCUUAAAUUAAUACAAAUAUCCUGAUAAUUAAGAGAAAGGUAAUAUAUAUGUGUGUGUGUGUGCGUGUGCGUGUGUGUUAGGGUGGUCCAAAAAGACUUGCUUAAAAAUUCAUUAUGAGUACCCAUUCUACCAUUUAUAAAAUAAAUAUGAAAAAAUAAUUUUGCAAAAGUAUUGACUUAAAACCUCAUUCCCUUAAAGUGCUGAAAUAGGUUUGAAUUAUGGUAAAAAAGUAUUGUUUUUAGUUAGUAUUAUUUAUUAUUUCAAAUUGUUAUUUUAUUCAUUUAUAAACAAAAUAAAACCUAUUUUCUUUAGCCAAUUUUUAAAAAAUAAAAUUUGUGUUAGGUUUUCUUUUUUGAAUUUUUUAUUUUCUAUAAUAAUUUAAAAAAAUUCACUUAAUAUUAUAGUUUUUCAAAUAAUUGAAAGAACUGAAAAAUAACCCCUUGUGUCAUAAUUCAACCCUAUUUCAGCACAGGGAGGGGGAGUAUUCAUUUUUAAUUUCUCAUGAAAAUUUCAAUCCAGUUACAUAGAUUUGGACCACCCUAAUAUGUAUAUUUAAAUUUAUAUCUAAUAAAAAAAAUAAUAUAAUCAAGUUUUAUGUUGUGAAUAAAAUCAAACUUAAAAAUAAAAAUAUUUAAUUUUGAUAAACUUUUUUUUUAGAAGUAUAAAAGCAUAUCCUUAAAAUAUAUAAAUUUAACAAUAUCAGAUAAUAGUAAACAUAUUAAAUUAAAUUUAAAGCAUACACUUUUUUAAAUAUUAUCCGUUGGAUUUUAUUAGCUUUGUGUUAUAGUUACAUUUUAAUAAGUUUAUAUUGGAGUUUGUAUAAAGCAUCUGGAAUUAUUAAUACGUAGUUUAAUAAAUUCCAAUAAUUGUCGUGUAAAUUAUAUUUUAAAAAAAAUGUUUGUUAAAAUAAAGGCCGUACAAUUUGCACUUGUUCCAUAUUAUUAAGUUCAUACUGCCUUUCAAAAUAUUUUUAUAAUAUAUACGUAUAUAUUAGAAAGUAGAGUUAUAUUUUGGAAAUUUAAUAUUCAUUGUAAAAAAAAAAUUAUAAUUUUAUGAUUUUUAAAAAAUGCAAAGCCAUUAAUAUUAUUUAAAAUUUUAAGAACCUCUUGGUAAUAUUUUCUUAUUAUGACUACUGAAUCAGGUCAUAAUAAAAUCUAUGUCCAGUAGAUGUUUUAUGGCUUUACAUUAUUUUAAAUCAGUACAAUAUGUUAUUGAUUUUAUAUCUAUUAACAUCUUGAUAAUUACAUUAAACAAAUAACUUUCAUAUCAUAAUAUAUUGGAUAUAUAUUAUAUAUUUAUUAGUUUUGUAAGGCAGCUUUUUCGUAAAUAUUAUUGUGAUUCAUAUUGUAUUUUAUAUUUGUUUUAUUUUGAUUUUAUAAUAUAGUUUACAACUAUUAUUAUUGUUAUUUCUAUCAUUAUUGUUAUUAUUAUUUAUUUAUUUUACUUAUAAUUCCUUGUUAUAAGUAAUAAUAGUAGUAGUAAUAAUAUUAGUAGUAUUAGUAGUAGUUGUAGUAGUAGUAGUAGUAGUAGUAAUAGUAAUAGUAGUUGUAGAUUCAUUAUUUUAAAUCUUGUUAUGGGAUUAUAUUGGAGUAAAUUAUAUUUUUAGGAUUCGACCAGCUAUGGUGCAGGCCAAACUUAUAGAGGGGCGGACGGCACAGCCGCUGGUCUCGGGUCUGGCGGUGGGUAUGGUAAGCCAUUUGACUUUAAAGAAUGGCCCACUUCAUGACUGAUUGAAAUCAAUUAACACUUCUCUCAAUAUUCACUGGUUUGGGUAACACAAUUAUUAUAAUAACGAAACAAUUAAAAAUAAUAUAACUUAUAUAAAGAGAAAUUAGGAAUAUUAUAGAUUAUCGAUUAAUAUUUGUAAUUCUUACGUAUAUAAUAGAAUUAUAUAUUAAAUAUCUAUAUUAAUACAAUCUAUUUAUAAUUACUACAUAAUAAUAUUUAACUUAUACUCGAAUAACAAAUGAAAAAUUAGCAUAAUGAUAUUAUGUCCCUAGAUUCUAAUGGUUUAUUUUUUUUAUUAUUAUUAUAUAUUUAAUUUAGCCUGUUUUUUUUUCUUUUAGACAUAAUAUGACAAUUGUUAUCAUAGUUUGUUUAUUUUUCUUUGGUCUUAAGUAUAAAAAAAAAAGUAACGGCACCACGUUUUUUUAAGGUGAACCAAAAGUGAGACUAGACAGUACAUCUAAAAUAUUUCGAAUAUAAUUAUUUUAUAACUUAGUGUGAAGGGAAUCGGGUUAAGGAAUAUAAAUAAUAUUAACAAAAUUCGGGUAAAUUUCAAGCUCUUAGGUUUAUAAAAUUACUUUUAAAAAUCACAUUGUAAUAGAUAGCUAAAGAACCACUGGACUGAUUAAUUGGUAAAAAAAAUUUAAUGUACAUACAGGCUUAAGGAAGAUUCUCGAAUCGUUUAAAAAAUAAGUGUUGUUUUCAUUUUUAAGUAGAAGUUGAAUUAUUUAAUGAAUAAGUCAAGGUUACUUUAAAUAUCUUGUCCCGACUAUUUGUCUUUUUUUUUCUAAGAUAUAUAUAUAUAUAUAUAAACAUAUAUAUAUAUAUAUAUAUAUAUGUUUAAUACACAAACUCGUCCUAGUAAGUUACUGGUUUUUUUUAUAAAGUCACUAUUUUUAAAAUAAAAUAAUAAACAUAAGAUUACACAAUUAGAAUUAAAAAGUUUAAAGUAAUAUUAUCUGUAUUUACUUAUAGGAUGACAUUUUCUUAGUAAUAAUUUUUGUUUUUUGAGAACAUUCUUCUCAAAAAAUAAUUUUUACCAAAACUAUAUUUUUAAAGAAUUAACGACUUAAUUGUGAUGAGUUAUAAGCAUAUUUUUUGUACAAAAUAAGUCUAGGUUUACAGUUGUUAUGGUCUUAAAUAAGAAUUUGUUUUUAAUUAUUGAUUUUUUUUUUUUUUUUUUUUUUUUAUCAAGACAUUUUAUAUAUUCGACGAAUAGGAUACGAUUGAGAACUUUUUUAACCUGUGACAAAAGCUAUGAAAUAUUUAUAUAGAUAUUUAUUUAUAUAUUUCUCGUUUUAUUUAUAAUUUAUGAAUGUUUUAAUUAUUUUGUGAAAAACAAAUUUGAGCUUUAUUAUUAAUACUUUAGCCUGUAACAAUUUUUAUUUGAGAAAAGAAAAUCCUAUUAUUUAUUGUCAGUUAGUAUUUUUUCAAUGAUGUAGAAGGUCGCUUUUGGCGUGAUUUAAAACAAAAUAAUAUAAUAAUAAUAAUAAUAAUUGUUUAAAUAUUAAAAAAAAAAAAAAAACAAUACAAAAUGUUGAGUUAAUUUAUUCCCCUCCUAUUUUUUGGGCGACAUUGCGAGUUGUAAGUAAAUGUGUUUGUUCCCAUAGUAUUUAAACUGAAAGUAUACCUUCAGUUAUUUAUUAAUGAAAAAGAAUCAAGUUAAAUAUGUCAUUCAGUUAUGAAAGUCGGCCAUUUUUUUUUUUUUUUUUAAUAUUUAUAUAUAUUUUUUAUACAUAAUUUUUCACUACUUGCAGUGUUGCCUAUUCUUUUCUGUUUAUUUGAUGUAAUUUUUUUUGACAAGAAAAAAAGAAAAUUUAAAAAAUUAGGUUUUUAAAUUGUCAACUUUCUAUAAUUUAGUGGCCCCAGUAGUGACGCCAGUCGUUUCCGCCGGAGUUCCGGCGGCGACUUACAAUAACGCCCCAGGACCAACCAGAGCGAAUAAUUAUAAUUCAAACCAAGCACAACCAUACCAUCCUUACAGGCGCAACUGAACGUAUUAUUAUUUGAUGACUGGACCAUCACUGGCGACAUUGUUCGCUUAUGCUCCUCGUAUUAUUUCUAAUCAUUCUUUAAUAAUAAACUUUACUUUUAUAAGUUAAAAAAUACACAAUAUGAUUGUGAUUAUUUGUAAGACAGUAAUUGAUUACAUUCAAUUGACAUAUAAGCAUUUUAAACUUAUAUGUUGAUUAUUAUGUAAUAAUUAUAAAUAGAUAGUAUAUCUUUGUGAUUUUAGAUUUUUUUUCUUGAAUUUUUAUCGUGAUAGAAUAUCGCCUAAAGCAAGAUGUACAUAGAUUUGAUUUUUUGUUAAAACCUAUUAAUAGGUUAUUUUGGUCACUAACUAAAUUUAAAUUAAUGUUUAUCAAUAGUAAUUCAACAAUUUAAUAUUUUAAAAAAUAUAAUACUUUUUAUUCACAGUUUUGUCAAUUUUUAUUUUUAUUGUAAAUAUUAGUUCUACAAACAGAUUAUUUUAAUUAAUUUAAAAAUUAAUUAUAAAAAUAGAAAUUAUACUUUAUGAAGUUUUAUAAUAACUUAAUCUACUGAUAAGAUUGGUAAAUGAUAUUAAUUUUAUAUUUUAUUGUGUGAAAUUAAUUAACUGGUAAGUAUUUAUAAUUUAUUUAAAUAUCAUGAGAUCUGAGUAUUAAGAAAGAUAUUAUCAGGUUUUUAAUGUGUAAUUUAUGAAACUAGUGGAUUCUCCAAAUUCCAAAUAAAUAAAUCUAAAUCUAUUAUUUUUUAAUAACUUUUGUUUCAAUGAGUUAAAAUGUUAAGUAUAUCUUUGUUUUUAUAAUAUUACAUCAAAUAAAUAGGUGUGACUUUUAAUUGUUCCGAAGAAUAGCAUCCCUCUUACUUAAAAAUAAGUAAAUUCUGAAUAUUAAAUUAUUCUACAUAUUAUGAAAACACGUAUUUAAUGGAAUAUACAGGUAAUCAAUUUAACAUAAAAAUUAGAUUUUUAGAUUAUUUAAGAAAUAUGUCCAAGGGACAUCCAAAAAGUAAGGUUACAACACAUGUUAAAAUUUAAAAAUAUAUUAUGUAAUACAAUACAAUAUAAUGUAUUGUAAAUUAUAGGAUACAUGCCGAAAUAUGUCAAUUCUCUACAUAAUUAUUGUCUUGGUCAAUGCAUUAUUGAAGUCUGGGCAAUUACCUUUGUAUAGCCUCGUCUUAUGCCUUUUUCAACCUUUCGAAGCACUUUUACUGCCUAUACCUCGUUAUUAGAAAAUGGCAAUCAACCCUAAAAACUUUUAAUUUGGCGAAAGGAUGAUUUAUUGCUGCAACAAUAUUUUGUAAUGGAUUGAGGCGUUCAAUGGUUUAUUUUGACUGUUAGGAACAUCCCCAUACAUUACUGAUAUCAACUUAAAGAAAAAUUAUUUUUAUCUUAUAUAGCUGUUGUAACCUAACGUUUUAACUGUCCCUCGUAGUUCUAAAAUGUUACUUAACUGUUCUUCAAUUUUUUUUUUUUUUUUUUUGGUCAUAUUGAGUAAUUGCAGGUGAUAUACUCACAAUUUAAAAUUAUAGAUAAUAUAGAGAUAUGGAU